AUGAACACGCAGUCUACCAUCAACUCCCAGCUUGGCAGUGCCAGGCGGGCACUCAGGGGCAAUCUUGUUGCCAUCGGAUUCUUCAGCGGCAUCGUCAAUCUGUUGAUGCUGACCGGUCCGAUCUUCAUGUUGCAGAUCUACGACCGUGUGCUGACCAGCCAGAACAUCAACACUCUGGUUGCGCUUAGCGCUCUGAUGGCCGGCCUUUACCUCUUUAUGGGGCUAAUUGAUGCGGCCCGCUCCCGCGUGCUGGUCGCCACGGGGCACCGUUUCGAACAGCGGCUCACCGCGACCGCGUUCAACGCCACACUUUCGGCACCGAAACCCGGCCAGACACCGGGCUAUGCCUCUUCUGCGAUCCGAGAUGUGGAACAGAUCCGCUCUUUCCUGUCCAGUCCGGGUGCGACUGCAUUGUUCGACCUUCCUUGGAUACCGGUCUAUCUCGGCCUCGUCUUCGCCUUGCAUUUCUGGUUGGGAAUGGUGGGUAUUGUCGGUGCAGUCGUGCUCUUAGCCAUAGCCGUGUCGACAGACUUGAUUGUUCGUGCCUCCACCCGCGUUCAAGCAGAACACUCCAGCAAACGCACACGGCUUGCCGAAGCGGGGCGUCGCAACGCCGAACUGGUUCGGGCGAUGGGUAUGCAGGGUCAUCUGACCGGUGCCUGGCAAGGCCUUAACGAUCGCUAUCUUGCUGCGAGCGCGCGCUCCGCCAAUACCGUAAACCUGUCUAGCAGCAUUACCAAGACAUUCCGCCUGGCAUUGCAGUCGGCAAUUCUCGCGGUCGCCGCCUAUCUCGCAAUCAACAAUCUGAUUUCCGCCGGGUCCAUGAUUGCUGCAUCCAGCAUUAUGUCGCGUGGUCUCCAGCCAAUCGAGACCCUGGUCGGUGGUUGGCGUGGACUGGUUGGCGCACAGCGAGCUUGGCGCCAGUUGAGGUCGGGUUUGUCGAACGAAUCUUCUUCCGACCGGAUCUCGUUGCCAAAGAUGGCAAGGAGUUUGACUGUCGAUGGCGUCGUUGCCGUGCCGCCGGGAACCAACACUCCGGUUUUGAAAAACGUUGCCUUCAAUCUCGAGGCCGGCGAAGCGCUUGCGGUUGUCGGCCCUACGGGCGGCGGCAAAUCCUCGCUGGCAAGGACCCUUGUCGCGUCUUGGUCCGCGGUCAAGGGCAGCGUCUGCCUCGACGGUGUUCCGAUCGACCAAUACCGGCCAGAGGAACUCGGGCCCCAGAUCGGCUUCCUGCCGCAAGACGUGGAGCUAUUCGACGGCACAAUCGCCCAAAACAUCGCCCGCUUCGAUCCUGAGGCUAAAGACGAAGCAGUGAUCGCCGCUGCCAAGGCUGCAGGUGUCCAUGAACUGGUAUCGGGUCUCAAGGAGGGCUAUGGCGCCGAGGUCGGGGAACGGGGCGCCGCCCUCUCUGGCGGUCAGCGUCAACGCAUCGCCCUGGCCCGUGCGCUCUACGGCAAUCCGUUUCUGGUGGUUCUGGAUGAACCGAACUCGAACCUGGACACCGAAGGCGAGGCUGCUCUGAACCACGCCAUUCUCGCCGCCAAGGCACGGGGCGCGAUCGUGGUGGUCAUUGCCCACCGUGCCAGCGUUCUGGGCGCGGUCGACAAGAUCCUCGUCAUAGAGGAAGGGCGAUCGGUCGACUUCGGCCCGCGUGCCGAGGUGAUGAAUCGCAUGCGCAACCGCAAUCAGGAGGCGGUAAGGCCAACCCGGCCGGCGGCGAACGGUUUCGGCCCAAGCAUCAGCGGCAAUAUCCGAUCUUCCGUUGGAACUGCAGCACCGGCAGCCAACGGGUGA